AUGUUUGCAGUCCGGACUGGUGGGAUAGUGAGGAAAAAGAAUCCAGAGUUAAAGAAGCAAUUGAACUUUGAAAAGGUCUCCUCAGAAAAGGAGAAGAGAUGCAAUAUUUAUGGGCAGAUGAAGCAAAAGUCCCGAAUUCUGGCCCUUUUCCACCAACUGGAAAUGAACUGGUAUCUAAGGAUCUGUGAAUUAUCCUACGAUUAUACAGUAGCCCAUGCCAGUGGCAUGCCUCACAGAAAUCUUGGGAAAUCUGGAUUAAGAGUUUCUUGUUUGGGACUGGGGACCUGGGUCACGUUUGGAGGUCAAAUUUCAGAUGAGGUGGCUGAACAGCUGAUGACAAUUGCUUAUGAAAGUGGCGUGAAUCUCUUUGACACGGCAGAGGUAUAUGCAGCUGGAAAGGCUGAAAUUAUUUUGGGAAACAUUAUAAAAAAGAAAGGCUGGAGGAGAUCAAGUCUGGUCAUUACAACAAAACUCUACUGGGGUGGAAAAGCUGAAACAGAAAGAGGACUUUCAAGGAAACACAUUAUUGAAGGAUUAAAAGCCUCUCUCCAGAGACUGCAGCUUGAAUAUGUGGAUGUUGUCUUUGCAAAUCGACCAGACGGUAAUACUCCAAUGGAAGAGAUCGUCCGAGCAAUGACACACGUGAUUGACCAGGGGAUGACAAUGUAUUGGGGGACUUCCCGCUGGAGUGCCAUGGAGAUCAUGGAAGCGUAUUCGGUAGCAAGACAGUUUAAUAUGAUCCCGCCGGUUUGUGAACAGGCAGAAUACCACAUAUUCCAAAGAGAGAAAGUAGAGGUUCAGUUGCCGGAAUUAUACCACAAGAUAGGAGUUGGAGCAAUGACUUGGUCUCCACUUGCUUGUGGGAUUAUCUCAGGAAAAUAUGCCAGUGGAAUCCCUGAAGGAUCAAGGGCAUCCUUGAAGUGCUAUCAGUGGCUAAAGGAGAAAAUUGUGAGCGAGGAAGGGAGAAAGCAACAAACAAAGCUGAAAGAACUUUUCCCAAUUGCUGAACGUCUUGGAUGCACACUACCUCAGCUAGCAGUCGCAUGGUGUCUUCGUAAUGAAGGUGUGAGUUCUGUUCUCCUUGGAUCAUCCAACGCAGAGCAAUUGAUAGAAAAUCUCGGUGCCAUACAGGUUCUUCCAAAGAUGACAUCUCACAUUGUGAAUGAAAUUGAUAAUAUUUUGGGGAACAAACCCUACUGCAAGAAGGACUACAGAUCCUAA